AUGACAACGUCAUCAUGUUUGGUAGCACAUCAACGUGGUUGUGAGCCCGAGGUUCUCAUGGACAAGAUGGCGGACGUACGAAACGUUCCUGGUUCUUCAACGAUGAAUUUGGAAGGCGAAGAAUCAGUUUGCCAGCGAGGAUACACAACAGAGACGUUUUCAGAGCGACGUAAAACGCUCUUGAAUCGAACAGAGCCGUUCACAACGUUCCGCUCAACGUUGGAUAAACGUCGCGGUGAUAAAGAUCAUUUCUCUGCACAAGGAAACUCGAACUUAGAGGCUACGUGCGAAACUUCUUCAGGAGUCGUUCGUUCCUCACGAGAGCCUCGAUAUUCAGGAGAAUCAAGUGACACUUCCCCCAAAAACACCCAUUCCUCCCCUGGGAACCUCCAUUCCUCUUUGUUUGACCCCCAUACCCCUACACGAGGUGUCUAUUCCUCGGAAAAUCAGUUUAGUUUGCCCUCAGAUUUAGGUGCAAUAUCAGCGAUAUUCGAUACGUCCUCAUUGAACCCUGGAGAGACGACCUCAAUGACCUCUUGGGACGCGACCCUAAUGACCCCGGGAGAUGCGUCCUCAAUGACCCCGGAGGAAAAUGUCCCUAAUUCGCAUUCAUUCAAAUGCCAGAUUUGCUUAAAGGAUUUUGGCCGACGUUGGCUGCUGACACGCCACAUGCGCACGCAUACCGGGGAGAAACCGUACGCAUGCACGUACUGUGCAUACCGGUACACGUACCAGUAUCAGCUUACCAUGCACAUGUCGGCUGAGCAUGGUGGGGCACGGCGGAGUGGUGCGCAGUGAUGGCGGCUGGUGUAUCUUUCGUUAAGCUGUUUCUUUUAUCGCCCUUUAAUUUUUUUCGUCACUGUUGCUUUUUUCUUCCGCUCCUUCAAUGAAACCAGUCUUUUUAAAAUAAGAUAGUAUUCAUGUUUCAGAUAUUAUUUUAAAAAAGUAUAAUACUUUUUCAGGGCGCAAUCCUCAAGAAUAACCAUGGAAGUGCGGUAAGUAGCCCCCCGCAAGCCAACGUUUCACGUCGAUAUCAUACGUUUGGUGACGUCACUACACCACCUCUAUGCGCUGCCAACGCAAAACAUGAUUCAUCUUCGCUUAAAAUGUCCAAUGUUCCUCUCGAAAAAUUGUUUGGAUUUGAUCAACUUCCUUCGCCAUUCAAACGUGGAUCUUCAGAAUCUCCUGGUAAAGAUGCUGGACCGCGAAAUUUUCUAUGUCCGGACAGGGAGGAGGUGUCUAUGUUAUCGUACAAUGGAAAUUAUGAGUCCAUGUUACCCCGCAGCAACAGUGACCAAAACUCAAUGACAAACUUUACAACCAUUUCACAAAACAACAAAGAUAAUAAUCGUGUACACUUGUACCCUGAUACCGGGCAACAAAACCUGUUAUCCCAUAAUACUUUUGGUUCCAUGUUGUCGUACCACGGCGAUGACGAGCAAAGUUUCAAACGAAUCGGCAGUGACGAAGAUCUUGGGCUGCCAGAUCGUAUGUCGUACGUCUGUCACCUUUGUGACAGGGUGUUCAGUCGCGGGUCUAACCUACAGAGACAUAUUCGUACCCAUACAGGAGAAAAGCCCUUCAAGUGUGGGAUGUGCAAUUACGAGACUGGGGACGCAAGUAACUUGAAAGCACAUGUCGCCAAGCGGCAUUUCACGGGGUGAGAGAGGAGUGGUGUUUCUUAGCGCUGACUUGCGGGUUCCAGCCUCAGCUAGCUGUGAAUAAAUUCAGCGGUGGCUAGAGCCAGCAACGGAUUAUACGUGGCCUAAUCUCCAGCCCAAAAUUUUCUAUUUUAUUCUAACUUUAGCCCCAUUUUUUCUAUGCUAUUCUAACGUUAUUCUACUUUACUUUAAUCCACAAAACUGUAUUUUCGGGAGUUGGAGAAGAUAAACUUGAAGUCGUGAGUUUUAUCAUCGUUCACAGGACAAUCAGAAAUCCUGAAAAUGUUUUGUAAAUGUUAAAAGUGUGUAUAUGAAUGUUAUUAGUCUAGAAUUAGUUAAAUAAUAGGUCUACUGCCUGGGAAUAUAGUGGGAGUUACCUCCUAUGCAAAUACACUGAGAGACAUGUGAGGGUCUUUGUCCAAAUAGCUAUGAACCUUGGGUUAGAAAGUGGGUUAUUAUUUGGACAAAAUGACUCUUAUUUGAGUGUGCAAAAUUACAGGUUGGGACUUAUUCCUAUGGUAACUUAUGAUGGUAUUGCGGUAACUGAUGAUGGUAUUGCGGUAACUGAUGAAAGUAUUGCGGUAACUGAUGAUGGUAUUGUGGUAACUGAUGGUAUUGCGGUAACUGAUGAUGGUAUUGCGGUAACUGAUGAUGGUAUUGCGGUAACUGAUGGUAUUGCGGUAACUGAUGAUCGUAUUGCGGUAACUGAUGAAGGUAUUGCGGUAACUGAUGAUGGUAUUGCGGUAACCGCUUGCUAAUCCAAUACUCUUGCGAGAGAAAGUCUCAAGUCAGCCCAUGGUUUAUGAAUGUUACCCACCAAUUCUUGUGUCGUGUUCUAUAUAUGUUUAGGUUGUCUAUAAUGAUGAAUAACGUGCACAUAUGCCAUUAGUUAUAGUUUGAUCGUAAACUAUCAUACCGGCUAGAAGUUUAUUGUUUUUAGGUUAUGCAUUGGAUCUUUGAACGUUAUUAUGUAUUAUAUUUCAGUGGAGUAGUUUUCGUGUGUUAUUCUGUUGCAAUAUUUUCAUGUAAAUGUGAACCAUAGA